UUCUUUCCUUGGUUCACGAUGGCCAGCGUCUUGACCCAGUUUCUGACGGCGUUAACGCCCCCACCGGUCUAUGUCCCGGAAAGCUAUGACGGCGUCGAAUUUCGAUGGCGGAUUUUCACUUUCCGUCCUGCUCUGUUCCAAAUGGAGGCAUAUCUUCUAUCUGGCCUAUUGGUUUACGUCGGGUUCUUCUUUUUCGGGCGCUUUACCAACUCCAGGAAUGCCAACAAGUGGGUCGAUGCCCACCAGCGCAUUCUUGAAAGUCAGUUCUCCAGCCCAUUGAAAUUCGUCCAGGACGGGUAUUCGGACUUCUUCAAUUUUUCUACGGGACGUCGCAAUGUUGCUACCCUUCACACAAUCUUUACCCUCCGACCUCGACACGACCUGGUUCAAUGGAUCUGGCAGACAGGCAGACAAUUCGUGGACCUCCAGUAUCGUCCAAAAGAUGAUCUCCAACUCGACUUCAAGCUUAUUGAUGGAGUGCUUCCGUAUGACUUUGUUUGGGGUGUCGUUUCAAAGGAAGAACUCCUUUUCGUCAAAGAGAGCCGCUGGGACCUCACUUUCACCAAGACCACAGAAAACCAGAGUCUUCCCAAUAACUAUCUGGUCAUGUCUGAAUUUGCUGAUGUUACUGAGAGCAUCCUUAAAGCAUCCCCUCUUGUCAAAAUUCUUGCAGACCCAAAAAUUACCCCAUAUUUCCGCUCGUUAACGAUCACCGACCAACCUCGUGAACGUCCUGCCCAGCCAUUGCUCCCUAAUGAACAUGAAAAACAUGUUAUCUUGUCUCUAAACGUGCCCUCGCCAUCUCAGGCCUCCGUCACAAACGACUUGGUCUCUGCCAUCUUCCAAUUCGUCGACUCACUCACAAAAGUCACCCUGCGACCUGAGACCAAGAUUAAGUUGAAAAAGGUCAGAGAGGAAGUCGACGCAGACAUUAAAAGGGAGGCUGAGAGGGACAAGAAAGAAGAGGAAGCAGAGGCUUUGGAAGCAAAAAAGGCUGCAAAGCGCAGGGCCGAAGAGGAGCGUAUCGCCAAACUUCCUGCUGCAGAGCAACAAAAGAUUCUCGAGCGAGAGAAGCGACGGUCUAUUCGGAAACAGCAAGUCAAGGUUCGAAAGUAG